AUGUAUUCGUCCAUUCCAACCAAACACGUUUACAAUCUCCCCUUUACCCAGACCCAGCCUCAGACUCUGGCCCCAGAAUGUGCUGAUGCCGCGGCCCCCUCCAGCCUCAGGGACAGGACCAGGACAGUGUGUUUAAUCCUGCACUGUCGGCGUGCCCUGAAUGCACCGCGGGGCUCAGUGACAGCCCGGUGGAGCGGGGUGACAGUGGGGGGGGUCAGGGGUGACAGGGCCUGGCAGGGGGUGACAGAGAGGGGGGCACAGGAGACGGAGAGGUCCUGGCUCCAGCAGAUGUCCCCAGAAUACUGUAGUGACCACGUCUGUGGCCAAACCAUCUGA